AUGAAGGUUGAAAUCGAUUCUUUUUCCGGUGCUAAAAUCUACCCAGGUAGAGGUACUUUAUUUGUCAGAGGUGACUCCAAGAUUUUCAGAUUCCAAAACUCUAAAUCUUCAUCCUUAUUCAAGCAAAGAAAGAAUCCAAGAAGAAUCGCUUGGACUGUCUUAUACAGAAAAUCUCACAAGAAAGGUAUCACUGAAGAAGUUUCCAAGAAGAGAUCUAGAAAGUCUGUUAAGACCCAAAGAGCUAUUGUUGGUGCUUCCUUAGAUUUCAUUAAGGAAAGAAGAUCCAUCAAGCCAGAAAUCAGAAAGGCCAAGAGAGAUGAAAAAAUCAAGGCUGACAAGGAAAAGAAGAAGGCUGACAAGGCUGCCAGAAAGGCUGAAAAAGCUAAAUUAGCUGGUGCCUCCGGUUCCAAGGUUUCCAAACAACAAGCCAAGGGUGCUUUCCAAAAGGUUGCUGCUACCUCCCGUUAA